AUGUACGGCAUCUCAUCCUCUUCCUCUUCCUCAAGGAACUAUUUCCGACUCCUUGAUUUGAAUGACGAGAUAAUUGCACUGAUAGGCUACCAUCUCAAUGGUGAUAGUAGUCUAGCCAUAACUUCUUACCGACCUCUUUGGGAGAAUACUAAAAAUGAGAUUGGUUCCGACAGAUCUAGGGAUCUUAGGAAUUUUCGAACGGCCUGCAGGAGAAUUAGAGAUGUUUGUAAAUUGAGGAAUCUACAUGUGAUCAUUAGAGAAUUGAAAAGCACAGUUCCCAGAAAUGGCAAACCAAGAGGGAUCAGAGGAUAUGAGAUGCUUGAUAAAGAUGCUAUAUCUCGAGUAUGUAUAUUGCUUUAUGGAUACCUGCCAGAUCAAAAGUAUGCCUCUUCAGUGUACGAUGAGAUGAAUGCGAUAUCACACUCACUUCCCAACUUGAAAGAAUUAGUGGUCGAUCGGGUUGCGAAAUGUCAUCAUCAGGAAGAGAAGGUGGAAGAUAAGAAAUCAAUUUCAGGUAUAUUGUCAAAAUACGAAGGGUUAUUUCCCAAUAUGGUCUCAUUAUCCAUCGGUAUAUCAUGCGCAGAUUGUGCGAAUGAUCUUCUACUCCACAUUGAACUUCGAUCACCACAUUUACGACAUCUUAGAUGUCAUUUACAGGAUCAGGAAUUUCCAGAAGAUGCUCAAGCGGGAGAUGUGACAAGGAGCAUAGUACAAACAUUCCGAGAACCAUUUGAUCAGUGGUUUCAAAAUUAUCGACAAGAUCACUUACCUCUUAGAAAUCUAUGUCUUCGAUAUGCCGUAUUUCGAGCGCUAUUUCCGAAGUUAGAAUCUCUAUCGGUUGCCCAAAGUAGGGAGGCUAGUCACGAGAUGGGCUUCAGAUUUCUCAUCACAUCAAGAACGAUCCUCGAUGCGAUUGACGGUAAUGAGGAUUCGGCAGAUCUAGAAGAAAUUUACCUCAUGGACUACAUUGGUUCUGCGGAAGGAGGUGGUCCAAAAUAUAUACUCUCGUGA